UAGAUACAAUUAGAAAUUUUCUAUAUAGCCUAUAAAUCCUAGAUAUUAUUUUACAUUAACACAUUAAAGCUAAUUAAUGUAUAAGGAUAGCCAUAACUAGCCUACAUUACUUAGCAUGAUUCGCUUUUUAUUAUUGAUUGUUUUAUAUAGGGCUAAGAAACGUAUAAAACGUCUUACGUCACCUUUACGGGGUCACCGACAAGAUUUAAAAGAAUUGGUUAUUUUUAUUUCUGCCAUCAUUUUUAACAUGUGAUCUUGGACGUUAAUUUUAUUAAUUUUUAAAUGCAGGGUUUGCUUUCUAUUAUGUCUAAUACUCUAAGUAUUAAAAUAUAAUUGUAAUUUAAUUUUAAACAAAGAUAUUAAAGUGAUACUUUCGCUUUCAUCCGCCCAUUUUCUAUCAACCGGUCCUGAGAGAAAACGCGCCCACAGCGCACUGUUGUUGUAGUAAUAGUUGUUGCCAAUGUUGUGUAUUGCGCGUCUAACGACAGGUAAAAACAUCUGCUACAAACUAUGCCCUGAGCAGGCGCGGUCGCUGGAAGAACCAUUCCCAGAAGACUAGAACAGAACAAUGUUGAAAAAUUUGUUGUUUGCUUAAUUCAUAAACAUUAUGAAAUCCAUUUCGAGCCUGUAGAGGGGAUUAUUGGUGGAGCUGGGAACUCAUGGGUGACUCACAGAGGUUUCAAAAUGAAGACCUUUCUUCAGGAUCCAGAAUUGGAAUCCAUCAGAAGAGAUCAGACUCACAAAAUGUCAGCCACGUGUCAAUGAGAAGUGAUGCAUCAAAGGAUUUAUUUGUAGAGUUUGGCAAUAAUCCCCCAGGAAACAUAAGUGGAAUCCACAAGGAGAGAUUAGAUGAAUCAGAGUCAUUAGAUGUCAGCCACGUGAGAAUGAAAAGAGAUGCGUCUAAGGACUGCAUUCCACAUUGUAACAUUAAAGACAAUUCUUCAGGACCCAUCAAUAAAUCUCAACUCUCUUCUGUGUGCUACACAAUUAAACAAGAGCUGAAGAACAAAUUCCAGAGUUUCUAUGAAGGAGCAGCUAUGCAUGAAAACCCAACCCUCCUCAAUAAGAUCUACACUGAGCUCUACAUCACUGAAGUUUUAGGUGGAGAGGUCAAUAAUCAACAUGAGAUCAGGCAGAUUGAAACAGUGUUUAGGAGAGCAAUUACAGAGGACAGACCAAUCAACUGCAAUAACAUCUUCAAACCUUUACUUGGACAAGACCUACCCAUCAGAACUGUGCUGACUAAAGGAAUCGCCGGUGUUGGAAAAACAGUUUCUGUGCAGAAGUUCAUUCUGGACUGGGCUGAAGGGAAAGCAAAUCAGGACGUCCACCUCAUAUUUCCACUUCCUUUCAGAGAGCUCAAUUUGCUGAAGUACAAAAUAUUCAGUCUUAAAGAUCUUCUACAGUUUUCCAUGGGCACAAAACAACUGGAAAUCUCUCCAAAUGAAGGUAAAGUCAUUUUCAUCUUUGAUGGUUUGGAUGAGUGUCGUCUGUCUCUGGAUUUUCAGAACAACGCAAGGUUGUGUAAAGUGACUAAAUCAGCUUCAGUGGAUGUGCUGCUGACGAACCUCAUUGUGGGGAAUCUGCUUCCCUCUGCUCUCAUCUGGAUCACCUCCAGACCAGCAGCAGCUGAUCUCAUCCCCUCUGAGUGUGUUGAUCGAGUGACAGAGGUACGAGGCUUCAGUGACCCACAGAAGGAGGAAUACUUCAGGAAGAGAAUCAGAGAUCAGACUUUGGCCAAUAAAAUCAACUCACACCUGAAGUCCUUGAGGAGCCUCUACAUCAUGUGCCACAUCCCAGUGUUCUGCUGGAUCUCAGCCACUGUUCUAGAGAAGAUGUUGUUUGGAUCAGAGAGUGGAGAGAUUCCCAAGACUCUCACUCAAAUGUACACACACUUCCUGACCCUUCAGAUUAACUUUAUACGUGAGAAGGACUAUGAGAAUAAAGUAAAAGAUGAUGACAUGGUUCUCAGACUUGGGAAAUUGGCUUUUCAGCAGCUUGUGAAAGGCAAUCCGAUUUACCAGGAAGAUCUGUGGAAAUGUGGAAUAAUUGAGAGAGAAGCAUCAGUGUACUCAGGAUUGUGCAAUCAGAUCUUCAAAGAGGAGUUUGGGAUGCAGGGAAAAAUCUACUGCUUUAUCCAUCUGAGCGUUCAAGAACAUCUUGCAGCUCUAUAUGUGCACAUAACCUUUAUGAGCUCAAAAGAAAAUGCAUUUGACUUCAUUAAUUCUGAUCUGUCUCUGAUCUCUAAACUUCUGACCACAGCUGUGAAUGAAGCCCUGAAGAGCAAAUCUGGACAUUUGGAUCUUUUUCUUCGUUUUCUUCUGGGUCUCUCAUUGGAGUCAAAUCAGAUUCUCUUGCAAAGCAUACUGACAAAGACAAAAUGUCACUCUCAUUGCACAGAGGAAACAAUUAAGUUCAUCAAGAAGAAGAUCCAGGAGUGUACUUCUUCAGAAAAAUCAAUCAAUCUGUUCCAUUGUCUGAAUGAGUUAGGUGAUCGAUCUCUAGAAGAGGAAAUCCAACACUACAUGAGCUCUGGAAGUCAAAGGGGCACCAAACUCUCGCCUUCACAAUGGUCAGCUUUAGCAUUUGUAUUGCUAUCUUCAGGGCAGGGUUGGUUGGAUGAGUUUGAGUUGAACAAGUACACUGGUCCACAAAAUACAGCAAAUGAAGUUCUUCUGAAUUUGCAACAUGUGGUUAAAGCAUCCAGAUCGGCUCGACUGAAUGGUUGUGGUGUCACUCAUGAAGGUUGUGCUGUUCUGGCAUCAGUUCUCAGGUCUGAGAACCUGUACCUGAGAGAGCUGGAUCUGUCUAAUAAUAAUCUGAGAGAUUUGGGAGUAAAACAGCUCAUGGACGGAUUUAAGAGUCCACAUUGUAAACUGAAGAUUCUGAGGCUUUCUAGGUGUGAAAUCACAGAUGAAGGUUGUGCUGCUCUGGCUUCAGCUCUGAGAUCAAACCCCUCACACUUGAAAGAGCUGGAUCUGUCUAAGAAUAAUUUUGGAGACUCUGGAGUAAAGAUGCUAUGUGCUGAAUUAAAUAAUCCUCUUUGUAAACUAACCAUACUGGGUCUUGAGGGAUGCGGUUUCACUAAUGAAGGUUGUGCUGCUCUGGCUUCAGCAAUGGAAUCAAAUCUCUUUUACCUGAGAGAACUGGAUCAGUGUCGGAAUAAACUUGGAAUCUUGGGGUUGAAGCGGCUGUCUGCUGCUCUAGAGAAUCCUCGCUGCCAUGUGGAAAACCUGAAGCUGAGAGACUGUGAUGUCACAGAUGAAGGUUGUGCUGUUCUGGCAUCAGCUCUGAGAUCAAACCCUUUGCACCUGAGAGAACUGGAUCUUUCUGAGAAUAAACUAAUAGGUGACUCUGGAGUGAAAUGGAUUUCUACUGUGCUAGAAAAUCCUUUGUGUAAACUAAAGUCGCUGAGGCUGAUGCAUUGUCAUGUCACAAAUGAAGGUUGUGCUGAUCUGGCUUCUGCUCUGACAUCAAACCCCUCACAUCUGAAAUAUCUGGUUCUGUCAGGGAAUAGAAUCAGAGACUUGGGUGUAUACCUGCUCUCUGGUGCAAUGAAAAAUCCAGACUGUAAAAUUGAAAUGCUGUGGCUUGAUGAUUGUGGCAUCACAGAUGAAGGUUGUGCAGCUCUAGCUUCUGCUCUGAGAUCAAACCCCUCACACCUGACAUUUCUGAAUCUGUCUAGAAAUCCUCUAAGUGACUCAGGGAUUAAGCCUCUCUAUGGUGUUGUACAGAAUCCCCGUUGUGUACUGGAUACACUUUGGUAAGUUUGUCUAGAGCAGCGUUUCUCAAAGUGUGGGGUGCGCCCCACUGAUGGGGAAUAGAGACAUGACAGGUGGGGCGCGACAAA